AUGAACUACGGCGAGCGUCCGAGGCUCUUUCAUGUCCGGGUGCUGUUAGCGCCUACCACCGGUGAUUGCUGGGUGGUGCUGACACCAGAUCUAGAUAUGUAUGAAGAGGAGCUUGCUGUGACGAAUCCCGAUUUGGAGGAUUUUGUUUAUCUGGGUUCGAGUAAUACUAUACCCAGGCGAAUUCCUCACAAUCAGGUGUACGGAUUCCAACCUAUGGAUCCUGGGGCCCUUGCACGACAUAUGGCACGAGGGCGUACAAUGGCGAACAACAUCCGAGCCAACCUAGGACAGCCUCCUCUUGGACAUCCGGCGCCACCUCAACCCCCACCAGCCGUGGGGCCUCCGCCGGCGGCUCCAGCAGUGCACGGCGCACCAGCCCAGGGAGCCGGCAUGAUGGGCGAUGAUGACUUGGUUUGGGUGGCCAUAGAGGAGGCUGGAGGACGAAAGAAGGGAGACGUGAUUUGCGCAGAUGGGGCUCAGCUGCCAGCAGGCACGGUCGUGCUUGAUGACAGGGCUGUGGUACCUGGACUUCUAGGUGGAGGUGCAGGCUGCUUUGUGCGGAGGGUCCCCCGAACGGAAGCGCAGCGGUUCACCCUGGAUGAUUUACGGAUGUUGCCAAUUGUGUUCGAUGGUCAGGGCGUCAGGAGGCGAGAGUUCAGUGAGGCAGUCGCGUCCAUGGUGGAUGGAGUUCCAAUGGGUGGUGGCCUGCAGUUGGAUGGCCCAACAACUUCAUUGAACCUGAUGAAGAACAUGCGGGAUCAAAACAUGACACAUUCACGACCUAUCAUGAGUAUUGGCUGCGCACUGCCGACAUCCCGAAGGGAGAUAGGAGUGAUCCGCGAAGCUCACCGCAUAUCGCCGAGCUCACCGGACUAUUCGUCUGCUGAUCACUUCAUGGGCUGGAAGUGGCGCCGCGCCGCACAGGGUGUGGACAUGCAGCUUGCCGCACAUGUGGCGCAGGCCCUGAAGGACGAGGCAGCCAUAGCCAAGGUGGGGGUGGAGGCGGCGGGGAUCAGAAAUGAACGUGGGGUGAUCAUCGCGAUCGCCGCAGUUUUGUGGAUGAAGGCCGGGCCCAAGUUGAAGAUCAUCUGGGUCGGUGUUUCGACAUCGUCUAAGCGACGGAGCAUUCGCGUGCAGCAGAGGGUGGAGCAGGCCAAUUCGGUGAUUGACUGUUUGAACGAGAUGUAUUGUGUCAAACCGGGUCGAGAACUUGUCAAGGAUCCCCUGGCUUAUAUGUUACGAAACAGUGAGGAGUGGGGAGAGAUCAUUGAGCAUGAUGAAACCUUUCAGCCUUACAUGGACGUGCGCCUGCAGGCUGACCUUCAGCUUUAUGCCGACUUCAUCAAAGAUCUGGUGGACAAGGGCAUGUUGGAUUUUACUUUGAGGCCUGCCGACUUGGUUACACCAUUCUUUGUCAAGAAGAAAAAUGGAAAGCUCCGUUUCAUUCUGGAUUGCCGUGGAGUCAACAAACGAUUCAAACCGCCGCCGCCACUAGCUCUGGCCGCAGGUUCCACGUGGGCGCAGCUGGAAGUUCCGUCCGAUCAGCAGUUGUACGUGGCCCAGUCGGAUAUUCGUGAUUACUUCUUCUCUCUGGAGAGUGGGGGCUUCGUGUGCCGCAAGAUGAGUUGGUGGACAGUGGAGGCUUCGUCCCUGCCCGUGUCGCGUCUGCUCGUGGAGGGCAGGCCGGCGCCUGAUUUGGCUGACGGGGAGGUGGCGUUGAUUCCUUACGCGGACAACCUUAACGUCGCGGGCACAAGUGAACAGCGAGUACAAUCUGUCAAAGAUGCCAUCGUUGCCAGGCUGCGUCACUAUGGCUUCCGUGUCCAUGAGGAGACCGAGGCCAGCACAUUGGCGCAGUCGUUGGGAUUUCUUAUCGAUGGGCGUAAUCAUUGCAUCACUCCUAUUCCUGAGCGGUGGGACAAGGUUCUACGUUCUUUUCAAUGGCUCAGCACCAGGCCUCGGGUGAACGGCCGCGCAGUUGAGCGAUUGCUGGGACAUGCCGUACAUUUCGCCACUUUGAGACGUGAACUGUUAAGCAUCUUCAGGGCCUUGUAUGAUUUCGUGGCUAAGUCGUACGACAGGCGUCAGCGGCUUUGGAAAUCAGCUGCAAAGGAGGCUCGAUGGGCUCAGCAUCUUUUCAAGUUAUGCAGUGUGGACAUCAAAAGGCGUUGGGACACGAUCGCGACCACUUCUGAUGCUUCCCUCUCAGGUGUGGCGGUAUGCAGCCGUGAGUUGGAGCAGGGUGUGGUGCAACAGCACGGAGACCCAUUUACUGAUCCCAGCACGGUCAAGCCCCUUCAACCGGAGCGAAGCGAUCCUUAUGAGCUCAACUUUGAUUUUCCAGAGAUUGAGGAAGAGAUCAUGGAGAAAGGUGCAUGGGCAGAUUGUUUUUCCAUCCACAUGCAGAUGCCAGAGCACAUUACACUUUUGGAAGGGCUUGCCUGCUUAUUGCUCGCUACCGAUAGCUUUCUGCAAGUGCGAUGGGUGCCCAGUGAGAGAAAUGUGGCGGCGCCGAGGACGGGCUCACGGAGCAACGACUGCGGCGAUGGCAUUCUACGUUCCAUGGGUCCCAUCCCGUCCAGCAGGACGAAGGAGGUGCCCAAAAAGCGGAAAUUCGCGGUGCAGAAGGAGGAAAAGAAGUGCCAGAGGCAGAAUGCCAAGAAGGCGCGUGCCGAGCCACCCAGGUUCACUGGGCAAACGUUCCUGGAGAAAGUUGCGGUGUCUCAGCCGGUGGCUUUGGACUACCAAAAGAGGAUUCAAGGCUUCUUUCAGUUUCUAAGGAGCACAAAGAUUUCAAUGAAAUCAUUGGAACGCAGCACUCGGAAAUUGGACGAGGCUUGUUGCAUCUUCAUGAAUCACAUGUUCGAUCAAGGUUACGAGUUGGCCGAAGGCACAAAGUUCCUAGCCGCCGUUUGCGACAUGUACCCCGGCUGUGGCCCCAAACAUGUUCUUUUCCGAACCAGGAGGUCGCUACAGGGGUGGCUCAAAACAGAGCCGCAAAGGACAAGGCCGCCGCUGCCGUGGUCUCUGGUGGCAGCGCUAGCGCUACACAUGAUGAGGUGCGGUAUGAUAAAGGCGGCAGCGGCAAUACUCCUGUGCUUCACGGCGUACUUGCGUCCAGGCGAGGCCUUGGACAUGCAGGUUCAGGAUUUGGUACGCCCGAUGCCAACUCAAAAAUUUUGGUCAAUCCUGUUGCACCCGGCAGAGCGUCAACAAAGAUCCAAAGUGGGCCUGGCAGACGAGAGCAUUCUACUGGACGGGCAGCAAGUACCUUGGUUGGGACAGGCGCUGCAACAUAUGACCACCAGCACGACCUUUCUGAUCGAUAUGACAUAUCACGAGCUGGUUCAGUGUUGGCAGCAGGCCCUGAUUGCACUGGGCUUGCCAAAGGAUCACGCGGUCCUGUACCAGCUUCGCCACAGCGGCCCAUCGCACGACAGGUUCUUCCGCCUGCGAUCGUUGACGGAAGUCAAGCAGCGCGGACGCUGGAUGUCGGACUCGACCAUGCGCCGUUACGAGGCCCAUGCCAGGCUGAAUCAGGAGUUCAACCAGCUGCCAAAGAAAACGCAAGCCAUGUGUCUCAAAGCGGAGGGGCAGAUCGCGGUGGAGGGCCCAAAAUUUUUCGGCCUUCGUCGGCGAGUGGCUUGA